AUGCCCCUACACCUCAACCCCCUCUCCAAAUCCCCCCCCAACCCGGCCGGCGAAUCCGACAUCUACCUCCUCCCGGCCCUCUCCGCCAUCCAACUGCGCGCCUGGCUCUCCACUCCCCUCUACUCGGCCAUCUACCCGGGCCCGCCCUCGACGCACCCGGGCAUCGUCGACAGCAGUGUGAAACGCCACCGCCGGGCCCUGCUCUCGGACCCGACCUACCAUUUCGUGUCGCUCGUGGGGUGCCACGACCCGGAGGUCGGCGAGCCGUGGCAGGUGGUGGCGUUUGUGAAGUACGCGGUUUUGGAAUAUGCGGAUGCGAAUGCGGUAGAGGCGGGGAAGGUGAAGGCGAGGGGGGAGGAAAGGGAGUGGGCGGAGGGGACGAAUGUGGCGUUGGCGAAUUGGGUGUGGGGGGCGGUUGUGGGGGUGAGGGAAAAGUAUGGGGAGGAGUUGGGUCGGUAUGUGCUGGUGGAUAUUUUGGCGACGGAGCCUGGGUGGCAGAGGCAGGGGGCGGGGAGGAUGUUAAUGCAGGAGGUGUGUCGGGAGGCGGAUGAGAGGGGGUGGCCGUGUUUGUUGGAGGGGAGCGAGGAGGGAAGGAGGCUGUAUGAGCAGAUGGGGUUUGUGGCGAGGGAGGAGAUCUGGGUGGAUAUGGGGAGGUGGGAGGGUGGCAAGGAUAAGGGCGAGGGGUGGCGCGGGGAGGGGGCCAGGGAGGGCGUGGGGGAGGGGUGGUAUCGCAUGGUGGUCAUGACGAGAGCGGCGAGGGCCAAAGAGACAGGCUCAUAG